GAGAGAGAAAAUGCAUACCAUUGCGCACGAGACGAAGAACGAGGAAGGUGGUGGUAGUGGUGGUGAUGGUGGUGGGGGUGGUGGAAGAGGAAAGAUAUAGACCGAUGCGGGUAGGUGCGAGAAGGACGAAGGAACGGUGACGAUGGCUUGGUGUGGGCGCGUGUCUGGCAGCUGCCGCUUACAGGUGGUGUGCUUGCUUGGGAACCAACCUCUACGGACCGUUCCCACGGAAGGCCUGGCCCCCACUACGGUCCCUACUGCCGCCCCUUUACCUCUCUUAUGCAGGGGCCCGUGGCUAUAUAAACCGUCAUCCUACCCAACAGCCACCACAAUCACGCUGAUCGUCCAGAAAGGUCGACAUAAGAGAGACGCGUUUUAAAACGAAUCCACGGAUUUGCUUACUCGACUUGAUUCGAUUUAUAUAUCUUGCUCUCUAUCUAUUACUAAUUUUCCUAUUAUCUAUCUUUAUAUUUUUCUAUCUCUUGUAUCAAUAGAGAUUCGACGAAACAGUGUGUUGUUUACUUGUUAAUCGUUUUUAUUCGAUAAUCAAAAACAAAAACAAACAGAGUGCAUAUGAUACAUAAUAUUAUACAUAAAAUAUAAAGUAUCAUUUUAUAAAGUGCUGCUAAUUAUUGGUGUUGUGAGAACGUUGAAAGAAGAGAUAAAGGAUUAACCAUGGAAAUGCACGAGCAAAUAAUCGAUGGACAAGAGCAACCCAUUUCUAGGACUUAUCAAUACCGCAAAAUUACAAAACCAAUGUUGGAACGAAAACGUAGAGCACGUAUCAAUCAUUGUUUGGACUUGCUGAAGGAUCUCAUGGUUACUGCUUCAGCUCGUGACGGUGAAAACGUAGCGAAAUUGGAAAAAGCCAAUAUUCUCGAAUUAACCGUCCGUCAUCUUCACAAACUGCAACGUCAGCAACGUUUAUCGGCAAAUCCGGUGAUCGAUGCUGAUCGUUUCAGAGCUGGUUACACGCAUUGCGCUAACGAAGUUAGUCGUUGCUUGGCAGCAACCCCUGGCGUAGAUGUAGCCCUUGGUACUAAAUUAAUGACACACCUUGGACACAAACUAAAUUCAAUGGACAAGACUGGACCAUUAACCAUACACGUGGCAGCACCACAAUCUUCCCCAUCAUCAUCCAGCGAACUUAGCUCCGACGAAUAUUCCAUGCCACUUACACCAGCUUCCAGUCAACCAUCACCAGUUAGGACGGAUGUCGAUAAGGAAAUCUCACAACAGAGUCAUCAUAGUUUUGCCGAAGGAUUAUUGAGAGUUGCUAAAUCCAACGAACCAAUCUGGAGACCUUGGUAAAAUUAAUGAAAUGUUUAUUAUAAGAGCCCAGCCCUAUUAUAUUCUCAACGUUGGAAAACAUUGAGGAAGACUGUUGACCAAUGACACUAUGAUCUCUCUCUCCGGUGCAAAUUCGGUUGUGGUGCAAUAUCAUCUGUGAUUUCAAACGGAUGAUCUUCAAGUAAUCGAAACAGAAAUAUGUAAUAAUUGAAGAAUUUCCUCUUGGAAUGGGGGAAACAAGAAAAAUCUUCUUCCAAUGAAGGAAGAAGAAGAAGAAGAAGAAGAAGAGGAAGUUCAAAUAUUUUUAAGAAGAAUACGAAAUAACAUAUUGUCCUAACGAAGAACCAAGAUCUCCAAACGAAUUAUCGGAGAAAUAAGACAAGACUAGACUAAACUAAACGAAACGAAAGAACGACAAACUAAUAGUGGAAGUCAUAUUCUAUUUGUUUUCGUUAUUUUCUCGCGUAAUACGAAACAAAUCUACCUGAAGACCUGAGCUUUUUAUUUCGCGUUAUCGAUUAAUACAUAUCAACAUUUAAUUAAAAAGUAUUAAGGUCUCAAUAUAUAUAAAUAUAUAUAUUAAAAAAUAAUUAAUCGUAAAGUCGUAAUAAACACAAAACGGUUGAAGUUUUAAUUUAGAUAAUAUCGAUGGUUACAUUUUUUUCUAUUAUUUGUUUAAUACUUUUAUCGAAAUAUACAUAUCUUGUUUAAUUAGUCACGAAUUUCUUCACGAGAGAAUAAUUGAAGAUAAAGAGUUUUUUUUUUUUUUUUUUAUUUAAAAAAUUGAUAUUAAAUAAGAUAUCAUCGUUGCCUUAUAGUUUUAUUGAUUUUGAAUAAUCAAAAAAAAAAAAAAGAAAAAAAAUGUUGGGAUAAAACAUAAUUAAGAAUACAACUCGUGAUGAAAACGUUUAUUGUACAUAUAUAUGCGUUUCCUCCUCCGUCGAAAUGAAAGAGAUCAUCUUUUAAUCUUUUAAUUAGAUUUUUUUGUUUAUCUUUGUUAAAACACAUUCGUGACUGGUAUUUCUUUUUCAUACGAAACAAUUUGUUUAAAUAUCUCAUAUAAAAAUAUGAAAUAUAAUAGCAU